GACGAGUGGACAGGAGGGAGCAGGAACUAACAGGGGACUAUAUAAGCCCAGACUGGACAGUGGAGCUUACACAGACAUAAUGAUGAAUAGAGACUGGCUCCAGAGCGCUGUCCUCCUGCUCUGCAUCACUGCACAGGUGCUGUGCCAGCUGUGUCAGACGCCCUGCCGGUGCCCGAAGAACAUCCCAAAAUGCCGAGCGGGUGUUCCUCUGGUGUUGGAUGGGUGUGGCUGCUGUCAGGUGUGUGCCCGUGAGAGAGGAGAGCCGUGCACGGAGCUGAACCCAUGUGACAAAGGCCUACAGUGUGACCACAGCACCAGUCUGCCCGGGGAGCCUGGAGAGUGUGUCGGUCUGGAGGAGAUGGGUUGCGAGCUGAACGGCGUCUCGUACGCUGAGGGGCAGGCGUUUCGUCCGUCCUGCGACUCCUCGUGUCUCUGCACAGGUGGAGGUGUGACCUGCGUCCACACCUGUCCCCUCUCCACCCAUCUGCCCGCUCCAGACUGCCCCUCCCCCCAGUACAUCCGCCUGCCCGGGAAAUGCUGCCCCGAGUGGGUCUGCGAGAGCCUGGAGAACACAGUCAUACAAGACGCCAUCACAGCUCAGGGGUCUGGAGGAUUGUGGCCGUCUUUACCCAGGACUCCCCCUCGGAACAGACUGGGCCCUCCUGCUCCCCCACCUCGCCUCCCUCUCCCCCCUCACAAACCCCCUCAUCAGCCCCCUGUCCCCCCUCACAAACCCCCUCACCGGCCCUCUCUCCCCCCUCGCUGUGUGGAGCAGAGUACCCAGUGGAGCGCCUGUUCCCGGAGCUGCGGUUCGGGGGUAUCCACUCGAGUGUCCAAUCAGAAUCCGAGCUGUCGCCUGCAACUAGAGACCAGGCUGUGCAAAGUGCGGCCCUGCAGCGCCCUCUACCAGCCCAAGCUCAGACCUCCAGGACCUGGGCUGCAGAGGGGUGAUAGGGGCGUGUGCCAGCCCACUGUCCUGCCCCCGGGGCGUAUCCGGCUGUUCCAUGAGGGCUGUUUUAGCACCAGGACCUUCAACCUCCGAUACUGUGGCCUCUGCUCCGACACCCGCUGCUGCACGCCUCACCACACCUCCACAGCUCAGGUCGCCCUCAUGUGUCCAGGAGGCAGACUGCAGCACAGAGCCGUGAUGUUCAUCCACUCCUGUGUGUGCCACCACCACUGCCCCUACGCGCCGCACAAAAACCCUGCUCUGUGGGGGUACAGACCUUGAGGAGGCCCUAAAGAACCAGAAACACCUUUACAAACAUGGAGGAAAACCUGCUCUGCACUAGCCCAUGUGUAAGCACAAAGAUACAUUUAUAUAGUAGCCUCACUUUGAAGGCGCUGUACCUUAUUUUGACCAGUUUAAUAAUGUGAAAACAGAACUAGCUCAUUUUAAACAGUUGCAGUGGUCAAAAGUUAUUCUUCCCUUACCUUAUGCACCCAGCACAUCCUAAUUAUUCACUAUGAUGAGUUUAAGUGCUUUUUCACAACUUUCAGAGACCAGAGGUGAGUUUGGGCAUUACAGCAACGCUAGCAAGAGCGCACUUCCUGAUUCUGAUAAAACACUUGUUAGUUAGAUGCAGACAAUGCACAGUAGGCUCAUUUUGACCACAAGAGCUGCUUAUACAAUCUGUGCUGAAGCAAGGGGAAUUUUUGUUUUGUUUUUAAGUCCUACUCUAUUUUCCUGUUUUCAAAAUAAGGCCCUGAAUUGUAAGUGUUAUUCAUUACAUUGUGCAAACAUUGUACCUUUGCUUUGCAGAGACCGAAGUUCAGAUCUCCUUUAAUCCUUUAAUAUCAGAUCAGUUGCUUUAGGCUACAAUAUAUUUUUUUUUCUGUGUAGUUGAGCAAAAUUUGCCCCAGUACAGAUAUAGCACAAUCAGCACUCUUAUAUUUUACUGUCCCAUAAUCAGGAAGUGUGCAGUUAGCAUACUGGUUGUCAUUAACAUUACUAUGAUGGGAAAACUCUGGCCUGUCCUUAUAAUCUCAUCACUGUGAAUAAUUAGGAUGCUCAGAAUGCAUUAGGUAAAUAAGGAAUAACUUUGGACCACUUAAACCUUUAAAAUGAAAUAGUUCUGUUUUAAAAUGUUUUUUUAAUACCAUAAAAAUCUGGUACAGAGCCUUUUGAGUAGGCACUAGCACACGAUUUGAAUCAACUGCCGGAAAAUGAAUGCAGGUCAAUGCAAUGCCUCCACACAGCAUCAAAACCUGUUUUGUGUGUGGUUUCAGAGUCCACAGCACAUAUUGCAACAAAAUAUCUGCUGACAAUCUUCAAAACAUUGACGCUGCACUUUGUUCAGUAUUUCCAUCUCAUUACAAAUGAUGCACCAUGACAUUCACAGCCAAAGAUUCAAGCAUUGAUUCAUAGAAAUAAAAUGUUGAAUAUUGUAAAUUAUGUACAGAUGUUUUAAUAGUUUAAAGAAGGGGUAUAAAGCAAAAUCGAGUUUCUACCAUGUCAUGUUGUUCUCAAAAGAGGUUUUAAAUGUCAUCCAUGCGUGUUUCAUUAAUUGAGCAAUCUCUCCUGGGUCCUAUUCAAACCCUCCUUAUGGUUAACUGUAACAUUUUGUGCAGCGCUCCGCCCAAAAGCUUACAUCACUCACGCUCCCAUAUGACAAUUCUUCAUAAAUAUACAAAAAUAUAACACAAUAUAAUACAAAACUGUACACUACAACUUCACAAACCUGAUAUAAUGUGCAAUAGCUUCAUUAGGGGGAGUAAUUUAGCACAGAGAGCAAAGGGAGGGGAGACUUAGAGCGUCAAAAAUUAAAGCAUUUUAUACAUAGCACAAUAAAACGUAAAAUGGUGAUGUAAAUAUGUGUUACAGUUAAUACCCCAUAAUAUUAAAAUACCCCCUCUUUAAAUUUUGUAUGUAGCAUGUGACUUUGCACUUUUUAUCGUUCUGUAAAUAGCUUCAAAGAGAAUUUAUUAAUUAACUAUUGUAUUUAUAUAUGUAUUAAGAGAUCUUUUCAUGUUGUUUGACUUUUAUAUUUUGUAUGAAGUAUUUUUUAAUAAUAAGAUGUGCUACAUGUAAAAUCCCAAAUCUUUCCAUUGUGUUUUUGCUGAAGUUACAGUUUUCAGUCCAAAGUUUUGUACAUUGUCGGUAUAACAUAUAAAAAUACACUUUCUGUAGC